GAGAGAGAGAGCAUACAGAUUGAAGUUGGCUGACAUCCAUUUAAUUGCAGUUCCCUACCGUAGAAGGGGGCGAGUCAGAGUCAGACUGAGGAGAGUAAGGGAGUGUUACUGGAGCAGUGUAGUCAGGCAUCUGGACGGUUCACAUCUGGACUUACUCAGGAGGAAUGUCUCUUCAACCAACAAGCGUCCCAGACUUCAGCACCACAGCUUUAUAUGGAGACCAAAACAACACCAAUGGCACAGAUUGCCCUGAUAUGUACGACUGGGAAUGGCUCCACACCGGCCAGCCAGUGUAUAUCCUGCUCAUCGCCGUGCUGGGAAUCAUGUUCAACGUGUUUGUCCUGAUGGUUUUCUGCUUCCACAAGAAGGCCUGCACCGUGGCCGAGAUCUACUUGAGCAACUUGGCUGCUGCUGACCUCGUCCUGGUGUCCUGUUUGCCUUUCUGGGCCGUCUACGUAUCCAACGGUUUCAAUUGGCCUUUUGGUGUGUUCCUGUGCAAAGUCGUCAACCUGGGUAUUAAGAUGAACACCUACAGCAGCAUCUACUUCCUCAUUCUGGUUAGCGUAGAUCGCUAUGUAGCACUGGUGCAUACAAUGUCCCAUGGUAGAAUGCGUAGGCCAAAAUAUGCCAAACUGAGCUGUCUGCUGAUGUGGGGUUUUGGCUUGAUUCUGAGUGUCCCCACGCUCGUCUUUAGGGAAGUGGAAUAUUUUCCUGAUUAUGGUACUGUAUGCAUUCUCAACUACCCAAACCACACCGUGGAGCUGCUCUUUGAUGGGAUGUUGAUAGUUUUUGGCUUCGUCAUCCCCAUUUCGAUCAUCUCAUUCUGCACCAUCAAGAUUAUUCAGGCUUUGAAGAUCCAGACGAUAGAGAGGUUCAAUGCUGAGAGAACGGAGCAGAAGGCCACCACUCUGGUGCUGGCGGUCCUCCUGGCGUUCUUCAUCUGCUGGGUGCCGUUCCACGUGGUCACCGCGCUGGACGUGCUCGUACGAGCUGACGUCCUGGGAGGGUGUCACCUCGAGUCUGUCCUAGACAUCUGUAAUCAGAUCUUCACCUACUUUGCCUUCUUCAACAGUGUCCUCAACCCCAUCCUCUACGUCAUUGUAGGGAAGAACUUCCGUAAAAAAGUUUGUGAAUUCUUCAAGCAGUGGAAAAUUAGGAGAACAGCCACCAUUGAGUCCUCACGUUCAUCAAACAUGUCCUCUACAUUGAAGACGUUGGUAUAAAAUACUGCUUUCAAAAGCACUGCUCCCCUUAAAAAUAGACUUUGUAGAAAGAUGACUGUGGUGAACAGGCAUUUGCGCAAAUCUAAAUGAUUCCAAUGAUAAGCUAAAUUCAUUAUUAGAUUUGCAGUGGAUGUAAUUGUUUUGUAAUGGGACCAAAUCACCCUUCCUCAAAUCAAUCUUUGACGAUGCGUCUUCUCAAAAAGACAAACAUGUUUAAUCAUUUUUAGGAAAUGUAGUUAUAUAUGUAUGUAACUGUUUCAUUACAUACAAUACACUACAGCUGUCCUCUUGUUGCAAACAUAUGCAAACAUCUGUAUCUUGAAUGUACAGGUGGUGAGAUCUAAAUCAGCCUGGUUGCUGUAAAAUAAUUUAUCUAAAUACAGUAUGUCUUGUAUUGCUGAUAACUCAGAUUGUAAAUAGUACCAGUAUUUGUUUUUCUUUGAUCAUAACAGGUCAAAUAAAACAUACAUAUGGUUUUA